GCGUUUCACUCACUGCAUAUGCGUUUUACUGCCCUCCACAGGAAAUCAAUAAGUUUCCUUUUAAUGCCUUUGGAGAAUGGCAGAAGGUGCAGAUGGAGAGGAAGAGAUUCAGUUCCUGCGCACGGAUGAUCAGGUGGUGCUGCAGUGCACUGCAUCUAUUCUUAAGGAGCAGAUCAAGCUGUGUCUGUCAUGUGAAGGAUUUGGGAAUCGUCUGUGUUUCCUUGAGACCACCUCGAACGCUCAGAUUGUCCCUCCAGACCUUGCAAUCUGCUGCUUCAUUUUGGAGCAGUCCCUGUCUGUGCGGGCAUUACAGGAGAUGCUGUCCAACUCUUCUGUGGAUGAGGCUGUCGAUUUGGACAAAUGGGAGAGGCCUGCUGGUGGACCAUCCAUCCUGCCUCUAAGCAAAGGUCUGAAGGCGAGAAGGUCAGGGUGGGAGAUGACCUCAUUCUUGUCAGCGUUUCUUCAGAGCGAUACCUGGUAA